AUGGAAACAGUGCAAGGAUCUCCGGCUCUAAGGAAACUUGAGCCGCAUUGGAACUAUGGCCUCAUUGCAGCCUCCGUGGCAGUAUCUCUGCUGGGGGCCUUCACCUCCACGCAGAUGAUGUGUCAAGCACGGACUGCCAGGUACUUCAGUGGUGUGCUGGUGUGGACACUGCUUGGUAGCUUGACAUUCGGCUUUUGUUCAAUAUGGAGUCUCCAUUUUAUCGCCAUGUUGGCAUGCGAACUCGACGUGCGAAUCGGACUGGAUGUCCCCCUGACUAUAGUCAGCGCACUCCUUGCAGUGUUGUUCACCUUCUCUGCAUUGUCUUUUGACCUUCUACAAGAUCGGUACAUCCGCCUGUUGGUGAAGAAGAAGAAGACGAAGAAGAGGAUGAAGCGCACAAAUCCACGCGGAUCUAAGAGCGAUAUCCAGGACAAUGCUGAACUAUCGGACAAUGAGGAGCACGUCAGUACGGAGGCGCUUCUCCCUCCACGGUUGUCAGAAGACCAAGAGCCUCUUGAUUCUCUCCAAGAAUUGGAACAGAGAGGUCGAACACCGCACCGACCCUCUCGGACUGAUAGUGGGCUUGGACCGCUCGAACAGCAUUUUGUCGGACUCGAUACAACUGUGAGAGGGAGUGCUUUACAUCUGGAUCUAGAAGAGGAUCCACAUACACCAUUUCGACAGCCUCCCAAACAGCAGGCCGAUUUUCACUACCGGGACACCUCUGAAGGCGACACGGAGAGCCUUCAGAGAAGUUCAAUAGACGGUGACCUUUCGCGACGUUCCUCCACGACUCACAGCUCUGACGGCAGUGGCCUAAAUCUGCCGGCCUUUAUGAGCUUCAGGAUGUCCCGAUUACCUUCUUCAACUGCCACUGGUCUAACGGGGUUUGCGCAACUUCUAGUCCAUGGCGUCAAGCUUAAGAAGAUUUGCAAAGGGUUUUUAUGGUCGCUAGCGAUCGACAGCAUGCAUUAUGUUGGGGUCUUAGCUAUGAAGAUCUCAGGGGGUCAUUUCACGUUAAACCCAUACAUUGUCGUUUUGUCAGCCUUGAUUAGUUGGGUCGUAUGCACAAUAGGUUGUAUCCUCAUCCCACAGAUUGAGAUCAACCUUUCACAGCAAUUGCUUUUCUCCUGCAUUGCUGCUUCAGGGGUGGCAGCAAUGCAUUUCACCGGCAUGUGGGCGACGACGUUUUGGUCACAGGCAGACCCAAGUCCGGAUCGAGGUUAUCCACCCGAUCUACCUGUUGCUGUUACUAGCAUUGCCAUUCUCACUUGCAUGCUUGCUAAUGGCCUUCUAGCCCAUUCCGCCACUAUUGCUCGAAACAAGUUGGCCGAGAUUGUUCAGACAAGAAAGAAGCUAUGGGCAGCCAUAGCACAAAAGGAGAACGCAGAAGCUGCUGCAAGGGCGCGCAGCGAGUUCAUUGCAUCAGCGUCUCAUGAGAUCCGGACUCCUCUCCAUCAGCUGCAAGGUUACAGUGACUUACUGUCGCGCACGGCGCUCAAUGACGAAUCACGUCUGCUCCUUCUUGCAAUCCAGGAAGCCACCAGAUCAUUGUCGAUGAUCACAGCGAACGUUCUUGACUGGUCACGACUAGAAAAGGGCGAAGCUGUCUUCCGACCCACAAGCCUUGACCUUCGGAAAGCGUGCGAGUCUAUUGUCAACAUCUUACCUAGUACGGAUGACGAUACCAUCACAGAACUGAUGAUCGUAGUUGCUCCAAAGGUGCCGCAGUCUGUGUUCCUGGACGAAACAUAUCUACAACGGAUCCUCAUGAACCUAUUGACCAAUGCACUCAAGUUUACCCAUUCUGGAUAUGUCAUCCUUUUCGUUGACUGCACCGACGAUAAGUUGGUCAUAACAGUCAAGGACUCUGGCUUUGGCAUACCAGAGACAUUCCUACCUCACCUUUUCGAACCCUUCAAACAAGCCCAGACCCGUGGCGCGGAACGAGGGACUGGUCUUGGAUUAGCCAUUAUUAAACACCUCCUGGAGAAGAUAUCAGGAACCAUUUCUGUUCAAAGUACUUGCAGCAAUAUUGAUGGAGGAGGUUUGACCGAAUCCGGAAGCACUUUCACAGUUACAAUCCCAACGUCAGGCCUCCUGGCGGGAGCGAAACCUCUACCGGCCUUAGGGCAUAAGCGUCAAAUGGCCGUAUAUCAGAAGGAGGGGAGCCGCUUGAGUGAAGGAUUGAAGAUGGCAUGGGCAGCCUACGACGUCGAAGUAUUUCCAGCCGACCCCCACAGUGAUAUAUCCGACGACUGGGGUUAUAUCUGGGCAGAUUUGGACUAUAUCAAAGACGAAUCCGAGCUUUUGGGCCGAUUACUGCAACCUAGAAGUCAAUUCGUCAUUCUACCCUAUGGCUCUCAGCCCCUGCUGGAUAGAACCAUCGGCGCGGCCCCUCCCUCGCACGUCAUUCCCAUUCGACGACCGCUAUUAUGGCAUCGGAUGGUUGAAAACAUUGUCUCUGUUGUGCACUUGGGGAGAUCAUGCACCGACAACAAAUCUGUCAGAUUUGCUCCGAUGGUCGACAUGGUCGAGAACGCUCCGCUGGGUCCUGCAACGGAGCAAAGAGCACUCAGUGGAUCAACUGUGCUUCUUGUUGAGGAUAACAAAAUCAACUUGAAGCUCGGGGUGAAGAUGCUACAGGCCCUGGGGUAUAAUGUGAUGACUGCUAAUGACGGGCAAGAUGCCGUGGAGAAGCUUGUGGAACACGAUUUAGAAAUCGAUCUCAUCCUUAUGGAUCAGUCGAUGCCGCGAAAGGACGGAGUUACCGCAUUGAAGGAGAUCCGGUCGAUGGAGCAAGAUGGAAGUCUCUCCAGGUCAAGGCCGUUGAUUAUGGUCACGGCAGUCGUUGGUCCCGAUGCUGCUUCGCUCUGCAUAUCAAGUGGUGCUGAUGCUUUCUUGCCGAAGCCGUUGUCGCUGCAAAAGCUUGGCCUUACAUUGAAGAAGUUCCUUGGCUGA